GUCAUCAUCAUCGCCACCGCCGCCGCUGUCGUCGUCGUCGUCGUCGUCGCCGCAGCAGCAGCCAUCGUCGUCGCUGCCGCUGUUGCCGCCGAUCGUCUUUUACCACCCCCUCGUGCCGCUCGCGCGCCGCGCUCGCAUAUAUUCUCGGUGCAGUCUACGCGCAACGGCGUGAACGUGACCGCGAGUGCCACCGCCUCCGCUGCCGCCGUCGCCGCUGCUGCCGCCGCCGCCGCCGCCGUCGUCGCUGCUGCUGCCGCCGCCGCCGCCGCCGCCGUCGCCGCCGCCGCCGCCGCCGCUGCCUGUCGUCAAUUCUGAAGUACGAGGAACGCGGAAAGAAAGAACUGUGACGUGCCAAUUAAUAUGAGUUUUACCACACCCGACGGGAGAUCCUGACUGUUUUCUUGUGUCGUCGUCUCCUGGUGUUUCACCGUCGCAACGACCACGCUAAAUUGUUACCGGUGAGGAGUACAAACUCGGCACAGCUAUGGCAGAAGGGAAUGGGGAGAUAAAAAUGGAAGAAAAACAGUCAAAGGAGGAAAUGGAAUAUGUGGAACGGACAGAAGACUUUAACAAACUCAUGCAAUACGGACUGGACGAGAAAGUGGCUGCCAAACUGGAUGAGAUCUAUAAAACAGGAAAAUUGGCUCAUGUCGACCUGGAUGAGAGGGCUCUCGAUGCUCUAAAGGAAUUCCCAGUUGACGGUGCGCUAAAUGUACUCACGCAAUUUCUAGAGUCUAAUUUGGAACAUGUAUCUAACAAAUCUGCAUAUCUUUGCGGAGUGAUGAAGACAUACCGACAAAAGAGUCGUGCUGGUCAAGGUACAGGCACCAGUACGACACCAAAAGCUCCAGAUGAGGACAAAAUCAAGAUGAUUCUGGAAAGAACAGGAUAUCCUUUGGAUGUGACUACUGGACAAAGAAAAUACGGUGGUCCUCCUCCAAAUUGGGAGGGUCCUACACCUGGCACUGGUUGUGAGGUAUUUUGUGGCAAAAUCCCAAAAGACAUGUAUGAAGACGAAUUAAUUCCAUUAUUUGAGAAAUGCGGAAAAAUUUGGGACUUGAGACUGAUGAUGGACCCCAUGUCAGGUUCCAACAGAGGAUACGCAUUUAUCACAUUUACAAACAGGGAAGCUGCGCAGCAGGCUGUCCGAGAGCUGAAUGAUUAUGAGAUUCGGAAAGGGAAAAAGAUUGGUGUUACCGUAUCUUAUAACAAUCACCGCUUGUUUGUGGGAAAUAUUCCAAAGAAUCGAGACCGAGAUGACUUGUUCGAAGAGUUUACAAAGCACGCACCUGGCCUGACCGAAGUGAUUAUCUACAGCUCACCGGAUGACAAAAAGAAGAAUAGAGGUUUUUGCUUUUUGGAGUAUGAAUCUCACAAAGCAGCUUCCUUAGCCAAACGAAGAUUGAGCACUGGACGUAUCAAGGUUUGGGGAUGUGAUAUUAUUGUUGACUGGGCCGACCCUCAAGAGGAACCAGAUGAACAAACCAUGUCCAAAGUGCGCGUGCUUUACGUACGGAAUUUAACACAAGAUUGCUCUGAAGAGAAACUGAAGGAAAGUUUCGAACAAUAUGGAAAAAUCGAACGAGUGAAGAAGAUCAAGGAUUACGCUUUUAUACACUUUGAAGAUAGAGAUAACGCUGUUAGGGCAAUGAACGAACUAAAUGGGAAGGAAAUGGGUGGAUCCCACAUAGAAGUUUCAUUGGCAAAACCGCCGUCUGACAAAAAGAAGAAAGAAGAGAUGUUGCGCGCUAGGGAAAGACGAAUGAUGCAGAUGUUACAGGGUAGAGGCGGUGGAUCUCCAUCUCACCCGAGCAUGAUGGGAGGACCAAUGCCAGUUCGCGGACCUGCACAGGGACCUCGAGGUACUGGCGCAGGUAUGCGUGGACAGAUGGGACGUGGCGAUUACGCUCUCAAGGAAAUAGAUUAUGAUUACGACUAUUACGGUUAUGGGGAUUAUCGAGGUGGCUACAGUGAUCCCUAUUACGAUGACUAUUAUCGAUACGAAGAUUACUAUUUCGAUUAUGCGCCGCCUCCGCCGCCUGCCAGAGGGAGGGGCAGGCAGCCUCAACCGGCUGGUCGUGGCCGUGGAGUAGCGCCACGUGGCCGAAUCGGUGGCCCGCAAACCCGUGGGCCAGUCAGGGGGGGACGCAACCCCGCAACUUCAGGGCCCCGUGGGGUCCAGCGGCUGGCCGCUCGUGGGGGGGUCCGCGCCAAGGGAAGUUUACCAGGUGAGGAUGCAGGUAAACGAAAAUUUGACGGGGGUCACCAGAACCAGGGGGAAUCUAAGCGUCGCUUCCAGAGCAACUGGGGAAACCAGCCCCUCGCCCAACAACCACUGGGCAAUGCGUACGGAUUGGCGAGUGUGAAUGGUGGCAGUGGUGGUGGUGGCGGUGACAUAGGAUUCGGAGGCAGAUCCGCCGCACUAGGCGGUGUUUCCGGCGACGAUCACGAAUGGUAUCAAGACUCCUACCAAUCGUGGAGCUAACUUCUACAAGCCUGUGAGUGAUAAAAAAAGAAAAGAAACAAACGCGCACGCACGAACAAAUGCAUGAUAGACAAAGCGGAAAAUGAAUAAACACGAACAUAAGGAGAAUUAAGGGAAAAAACACGGGAAACAACACAAAAAAUCAGACUGACGGAAUGCGGAGGAGGAGAUUGAUAGACAGAGGGAGAAGGGGAGAGAAAAGAGUGAAGGAGAAUCGAGAGACGAGAGAAGGAAAAGGAACGAGGAUGGGGUCAUCCAUUUGUAUUGCUCUAAUAUCGAAAUCCGAAAUAAUUGUAAAUGUUUUUUCAUACUAAAUACGCAGCAACUGUGCUCUGCGCCACCACCAUCGCCCGCUGUUGUUGUGAUUAUGUACAGUGAUGUGCCACUGAGACUAAUUAUUACAUCGGAGUGACCACCCACCCACCCCGCGUACUAUUAUUAUAUUAUGAUAAUACUAAUCUAAGUACCACUACUGCAUUGUCACAUUGUUUACUGCCAAGUGAUGAAGAUCAGCGAUGUUGACAUAGGGAUUGUGAUGGCUUGUAUUAAUUAAGAGAACUCAUGGAAGCCUGCGGUUUAUUAUGCGAUGACUAGAUUUUUUGAAUCUACGUGACGAAGCGUGUGUGUUAGAUAGGCUGAGGGGCAAAGUAGUGUGUGUGGGGGGGGGGAAACGGAAAGAUCGUAACGCAGAUGGAUAGAUAGAAUGUGAUAGGUGAGAUAUUGAAGAGAGGUCAACUUGGAGUAAGUGUGUAAUGUAGAAUAUACGCGUAUAGGCAAACAGAUGGCAAGGGCGAGAAUGCGAAUAUAGCGAGCAUGCGAGAGGGAUGAACGUCUAAUUGCAAGAGGCAGAGAAAGAGAGAG